AUGCAAGUGUUAAAAAUUCGAGAAAAUGCUAGGAAUGUAGAAGAAAUAUCUUGGCAAAUUGCGCGUGCAAAGAAAAUGGUCGUAGUAACCGGUGCUGGAAUUUCAACAAGCUCAGGAAUACCGGAUUUCCGAUCCAAAGGAGGCCUAUACGAAAUGAUAAAGGAUAAAUUCCCCAACGAAAAAGUAACUGGCCAACAACUUUUUGAUAAAAGUUACCUGAACAAUGAGAAAAUUAGAAAGAUGUUUUACACAUUCAUGGGUGAACUAUACUCGUUAACUACUGCCGCUGUGCCCACCAUGGCUCAUCGGUUCUUUAAACGACUAGCCGAUCAAAAGAAAAUUAUACACUACUAUACACAGAAUAUUGAUAAUCUGGAGGCAGCGGUUAACCUCGAUGCAGUUCAACUUCACGGUACAAUGAGUGAAGUGUAUUGUGACAUGUGCAAACUUACGGUACAAUUCACCGAGAUGCACGCAGAAGUUUUCAAGAAAGGCUUCCCUCCACAAUGUAAUGAAUGUCAACAGAGAGAGGCAACCAGACAAGCUUCCGGCAAGAGAAAACACCGAAUCGGGGACUUGCAACCCAACAUAACAUUAUACAAUGACAUUGAUGACACGACAAGAGGAGCUUAUAUACAAAACUGCGUGAAAAACGACCUACGGAAAAAAAUAGAUUACUUAUUAAUCGCGGGAACAAGUCUAAAGGUACAUGGAGUCAAGAACCUCAUAAGGCAACUCGCGAAAUCAGUGCAUCAUAAUGGUGGAAAAGUUGUUCUGGUCAAUCUUUCAGGUGUUGGCAAAGAAUGGAAUACCGUGUUCGAUUAUCAGAUUCUCGCUGAUGUGGACGAAUGGGCUGGAUUGGUAGAGGAACACACAGGUUUAGAUAAAACCCAAAAAGUAUUAACGGGCCUUGCUAAUAAGACCUCAAAAUCUGUAAAUGUAUCCAUAAGUAAAGGAUGUGUCAAACGACGAAGAAAAGAUCGGGAUCAAGAUCGGGAGAACGCCGGAAGUAAUAAUGAUAACAAUAAAAAGAAAGCUCUGAAAAGAUCAAAAGUUGAAGUCUUGGAUGUUGUGGAGACCUUGCAAUAA